CGAAGGGUUCUAACAUAAAAGUAUGAAGUUACUAGUUCUUCUGUUAAUUGCCGAAAUUUCAAUAAGUUUUGGUCUUGAAUUCCAUUGCGAGUUCAAGUUUAGUCAAAAUUAUGGAUUAAUCGGUUCAGUUUAUCAAUGCAAGACAUCCAAUCCAAAUUUUGGAUUAUCAGAUCCAGUUCUGUAUAAAAUAUCUGGAAAUCCAACAACUGGAUUUACUCAUAGAGAUGUGAAAUUAGUAGAAAUUGAUGGCGCUGAGAAUCUUAUUUAUAUUCCACAAGAUAUGUCCAAUCCAGGACUAUUUCCUAACCUGAUUGCAUUAAAAAUGUCCAAUACUGGCUUAAAGCAUCUCUCAGGAACUCAAUUGAAUGACUACAGAAAUUUAAUGUGGCUGUCGUUGAGUUACAAUCAAAUUAUUGAAGUUCCUGAUAAUUUCUUCCAAUUCACAACAAAUUUAAGAUUCAUUGACUUCAAUUCAAACAGCAUAUCAAUUGUUGGAUUUGAUGCAUUGAGUCCAAUCAAUCACCAGACAUUGGUUUAUGUUGGAUUCAAGAACAACACUUGCAUUGACAAGGAAUACUCGCCAAUGGAUGGAAACUUUUACAGCUUCUUGUAUGAUUUGCAAUACGAUUGUCAGUUUAUCGAAACCACACCUAUUCCAACAACUUCUAUAUUGCCUCCAACAGAACCUCCAACCUAUCCUCCACCCACAUUCAUCCCUACAAACCCAACACCAUCGACAACUGCCUCACCAAACUGUCAGAAUGUGGAUAUUGGAGAAGAAGUUUGCAAAUUGAAUCAUGAAAUCAGGAAUUUGGCACAAGUUAUUGAAAAACGUGACCAGGUUUUCCAAAAAUAUGAAGAUGUGCUUCUUUAUGUCCAGGAAACAUUAAAGAAUAUUAAUAAGUUGCUCAAUAAUAAAUUCAGUCUGACUGGAUUUAGUGAUUGAAGGAUAUGGC